UUCUCCCAAUCUCUCGGUGUUCGUUCUCCUCAAUCUCUCGGUGGUUGUUCUCCUCAAUUGCGCCAUCACCAGCAUUGCUCCCGUAGCUUCCUUACCUUGAUUUGGUAUUCUAAUUUAGCUAGUGAAGAUUAGAGAGAGAAGAGGUCAUUUAUGGAAUUCAGGGGUGAUGACGAAGACGAAGAACUUUCUUCCGCUUCAUGGAGAGGGGAAGAAGAGGUCACCAGCUAGCAAGUUUGGAAAAUCUCAUCACAUGAUUCCGAUGAUUUGCUUAGAUCCCGAACUCCGUUAUAGUUUCCAGCGUAACUUCUAGAGGGUAUGAAAUUGACAAAAUUAUGUUGAUCCGAAACCCUCCCUCGCUGUCCCUGCCGUCCGAAACCCUUUCUGAAGCUGCUCCCCUCCUACAGCUGUCGGCUUACAGUUUCAAUGAGAGCAGACCAAGGAAAACAUAUGGCAAACAGAGCUGUUUUCAAUCCAACAUUCUCCCUAAAUCUAUGGUAAGAAUGAUGGGGACUGCUGUGGCUGUUUGUUGUGGUGUUAAUAUAAGGGAGUAUUGUUGGUGGUGUAAAUAUUUGGAUUAUGUUCCUUCCAAAUGGUGGAGCUGUAAUGGAGAUCAAAUGAAGUGUGAGAUGGGUGUGAGUACAUGGCAAUUGACACUGACUUGCAUGAGUAGUAGUGAUAGUAAAAUACGGUUGUGGGCUGAAGACAACACUCAAAAUGGGUGGAGCACUGAGAAAUAG